AUGUUCUCUCUUCGAAACAAGGGUUAGACGAUUUUUUUUUCACGUUUUUUAAAGCCUCCAUUUAAUGUAGGAGCUAUCCAUCAGACUGAAAUUCACUCAAUGAACUCUGUUCGAUGUAAAUUUCGAAGAGCUUUAAAGAUUACUCGAAGAUUUUAAAAAUAAAGGAGAUGUAUCAAGAAAAAAGGGUCUCCUUUCAAACUUUUAUUCCAAGAUCUUGCAAAAGAAGCUCGAAAGGUCCAAAGGUUAGAGGCUAGCCACUCAACUAUGGGUUUACUUAAGACUCAGAAGUUUUUCAAAGUACUGGAGAAAAAUAAGACAGAUCCUAGAUUGAAGAGUUCUCUAAAGUUUUGUUUUUUGUCGAGACCUAGCCGAGAUUUUGAACCACUUCGUUAUAAAUAAAAAACAAAAAAACAUAUAAUUUGAAGAUGAUGAGGCGUCUCAGAUAUUUUUCGGCGUAGAUUGAGCUUUUGAUCUUUCGGACUCAGACCCCAAGAUGAGCUUGUGAAUAAUGAUUUUUUGAAAAUGUGUUAUAGAUCUUAUCGAAAAGUUAUUGGGAGAAAAGAAGACGAAGAAAAAGAGCGGAAACUUGGAUUUCCAAAAAAUUUUUCAACUUUUUUUGAAAGCCGUUUCAAGUCGCGGUGAAUCGACUGUGAUAGAACCUGCGAGAAUUCAAACAUCUUCAAAAAAAAAAACAACAACUUUUAAUUUGAAGAUGAAGAGGCGUUUAUGAGGAACUGAGGGGGAUCGAACUUGUGGCCUUUUCCACUGUAGUCGGAGAGACAAACCGCUGAGCUACAGAUAUUGUUCAAUCGGAUACAUAGAAGCUGUAGGAAUAAAAUGUUUUCGUUCUGAAAUAUUUGAAAGAAAAAGUCAGGCUUAUGCUUAAAAGGAAACAUUAAUCACCAAAAAAAUACAACAUUACAAAAAGUUAUCUGCAAAGUCAUUACUGCUCCGAAAAGAAAAACAAAUUUUUCCCAAGUUCUCAAACUUGCAACUUUUGAAUCUACGAAAUUUUUUUAUGACAGAGUUUAAAAAAUCAAUUUUUUUCUUCACUCCUUUGCAGAUCCUUUUCUGCUGCGAAAUUCGACCUUUUUUUGUGGAUUUUUUUCGAAAAAAAUUGUUCAAAAAAAUUUCAAUCUCUAAUGUUAUACUGUAAAAAGCACAAAAUAUAUAUUUUAUAAGCAUGAAAAAGAAGCACAAAAUAUAAAUUUUAUAAGCAUGAAAGGAAACACAAAAUAAAUAACUGUACAAAGGUUUGUCACAUCAAAGUCAUCGGAAGGUUAUCUCUGGUCUCAUCCAGAGACUUUUUGCAGGACAUCCGACAUUCCCAACCGCUAUCAUUGAUAUUCAAAAGGAUAAUGAUGGAGUUGGCGACCGGCGACCAGACGUAGAGCAAAGGGAUCACGUCGUCGAUCGAAACCCACGAAAGGCCCGAAAUCCCGGUAAUUAUCGACUUGUAGAACGGCAAAUGGAGAAAGAAGUUGCUUGAUACAGCCUGCAAUUUGUUUUUUCUUAUUCUUUUCCAAAGAUGGGGUGUUUUAGAAAUAUUUUCUUCAUUUUUUUGAAAAUAAAAAAUUGAGCAAUUUUUGGAGAUUUUAGUGGUUUUAUGAAAGUUUUCUAGAGAUCAAAUAUUCCUUGAAAAGAUCUUUUUUUCUUUCGUUGGUGGCUCCGGGAAUGGCUACAGAUUGAUCAAGUUAAAAUGGCGCCUGACUUCAAAGAGACUUUCGCCAGGAUGCAUUGGAAAUUGUAGGGCCUUCCCGAUACACAAUUUGAAAUUUUUUCAAAAAUUCAGGAUCCGCAUCUGAUUUCACUAUUUUCAUUCCAUUUUUACUGUUGAAAUUUGAAAUUUUUCAAAAAUUCAGGAUCCGCAUCGCGACCGCGACGCAACGAGCCAUUUUUCAUGCGACUGGGAGGUUUCCUCAUUGUCGCGAUUCAAGUGGGUUUUAUUUUAUCCAUUCUUCUUCAAUUUCAUUGAUUUUAUUGAAUUUUCGGAUCGAAUUUCUAAUGGGAUAGUUAUUAUAGAUCUAAGAAAUCGUAAAAUGUCGAGUAAAAUAUAUUCUAAAGGUUACUUCUUAAAAUUGAAGAAUGAAUUCAAAAAAUUUCUUCAAACUAACCAGGAUAACCGACAUCUUCAGAAGCUUCUUCUCGGCUUCGAAAAAAAAGGAACUCUCCGGUCUUAACUUCCAGAUGGCUUUGCUCAUUGAUAAGGGGCAGAAAAUAUAAAUAAACAUCGCUGAGAUAAGUAGGAAUAGAAAAAGGACGGCCAGAAGGAAGGAGAGGUAGAGCGCCAGGCCUUGGUUGAACAUUAUACUGGUUCUCUGUGAGAAAAUUGAUUAGUUCUAAUGAGAAGGAUGCAAUAUUUGACGUUUUUUCUGGACCUCGCCGAAGUUUUCUUUUUAGUUGGGAUAUAGUCUGUCCGCCGCGACUUGACCGUUUUCGAGUGUCUGCGUCUCUCUGUUCUCUCACCGGCGAGGUCACAGAAACGCGAAAAUAGCGCGUCAUCAAGAGAGGGUCGUCGAGAGACGAGGAGGGCGCAGAGAAGUCCCAUCUUUCAAGUCCCGAAGAACGGAAUUUGGGACUUCUCAAAGAUUCGCUAACGGUUAGGAGUUGGCCAGAAUACUUCUUUUUUAAAAUAAAGGUUCUGAAGUUCAUAGUUUGCAAAACUUCCUAGCUUUCGAGAAGAGGGGGAAACCUUCAUAUUCCCUUCAAAUAGGUCGUUUUCAGGCCAUUUCUCAAAAACUAGGAAGUUGUGCAGGUUGAAACUUUCAGAGCAUUCAUUUGAUACGUCGAAGAAUAAUCCGACCGAUUUUCAGAAAAUUCCCAACCGCUAA